CACAUGAGAAUUAAGAAUGAUGUUACCCUGAAUAGGGUGUGUUUUUCCUUUGGUGUUUGGAUUUCAGUUACACCAUGAAUAAAGCCUCUUUGAGCCGAGACCUAAAACCAGUAAGAUUAAUUGUCGUUUUUGCGUGACAAUUUAUGGCGACCUUGCCAGGACCAAAGUUUUAGGUCUCGUAUGUUAUAUCACAUUUUGUUGGUUAAAUAUCCGUUACACUGUAUGGGUAGGUUUCGUUUUGAAAGAGAGACGGAUGUUAGCAAAAAGAGUGAUUUUGCGGUUCGGUGUGGUGUGUCUCUCGCCACGGUUUCAGCAGUGCGUGUACCGUCAAUAGACGUACAGUAUUUGCGGUGGGUGAUUUGCGUCGGUAUACGGGAUUGUGUGUAGAUUGUUAUUCAGAUUUCAGGUAUGCGUGUUAUGUGCAUGGGUGUCCGUAGGCAUUGUGCAUUUCAGCGGUGUGUACAGGUUUGUAUGCGAGGGCUGUGAUGGGUUUCAAUGACCUGAAUUGGACAUGGUGUUGGAUUUAGCUGUGUGUGAGCAUGAGUUAAUCUAGGUUGGAUGCACAGGGAUACUUGUUGUCAUACUUUGACUUUGAGACGGGUCUUGAUAUUGCAUGUCUAUGUUAAUUAAGACAAAUGGUGGAUAGUUUUUCACGGGUUCUUGUCUUGGGAAUUAAGCUAGACCUCUACAACAAGAGUCUUGAUGGUUGUCGGUGUUUUCUUGAAUAGAUUCUACGUGGAUUGUUCCGUACCUGUUGAUACCCAGUUGUGAUUUCGAAUACAGUUUCAUAAUGGCCAGUAUAGAUCAGAUUAAAGAGUUCUCAACCCUAGGUCGAGAGAUGAGCCUUGCGGGUAGUGAGCUUAGUAAGUUCGUUUCCGAGCGCUGCGCCGAAGUGUUGAGAGUAAAAGAGCUAGAAUGUGAUCGCGAAGAGCGCGAAAAAGAAGUGAAGCUAGCCGAGCUUCGGGUCGAGGAGAGAAAGACUGCCGGUGUAGAUUCGGGGGGUUUGAGGUUGAAAAUUGGUAAAUUUGAUGAUACAAGUGAUAAAUUUGAUGCGUACAUUACUAAAUUCGAAUUAGUCAUGGCUAGUCAAAAGGUACCUGACAGUGUAAGAGCCUUACACCUUAUUUCUAAAUUGACAGGGCAGGCUUUGGAGGUAGUGAAUAGAAUGUCAAAGGAAACUCGCAAUGAUUACGAGGCAGUAAAGCGAGAGUUGAUGGAGUUCUAUCAUUUGACCGCCGAUGGUUAUAGAAGAAAAUUUCGUACGGCGAAGCCAGAAAAGCAUGAACAGCCAAGGCAAUUCAGUGUACGAUUGAAGGGUUACUUGCAGAAUUGGAUUGAGUUAUCAAAUAUUGAAGAGAAUUAUGACUCCCUGUUUGAUUUAAUCCUAAGAGAACAGUUUGUGUAUUGUUGCCCAAGGGAAGUUGAAGUGUUUGUUAGAGAGGGGCAAGAUAGUAGCAUUGAUAAGGUUGUUGAAAGGGCUAUGGUUUAUGUAGGGGCCCAUGGAUUACAUACCUUCGGCACACCCCGCAAUCCAGGUGGAUUCAAACCGACGGUUACACGUACACAAGGUGUUGUUAGUCCCGCUCAGCCAAGUGUCCCCAAGGGUAACGUUAACACUAAGGGUUUUAACUCGCGUACACCAAGUAGUAGGGGUGGAGGAGCAUAUGAUGCAAGCAAGCGUUCUGCUAGAGGUUGUUAUAUGUGUGGUAGCCAGGGGCACUUUAAGAACGAAUGUCCGUUGCGCAAACAGAUACAUUCAGCGCAAGGAAUGAUGACUUUGGAUGGGACAGAUUUCCCCACCCAAAGAGUAGAGAGUAAUGACAGUUCUCAGUUAGUCGCGAAUGGUGGUGAGGAUACAGGAUAUGGUAUCGGUUCGUUAAGGUCUGUUGAUAGUUCACCAAGUGCUAAUACGGUGCAAUUUGGACUAGCUAGUAUCUGUUUACUACCGGUAGAAGCAAAUGAAUUGAAUUCAUUAGAGAAGACAGAACAAAGCAUUGUGCAUAAACUAGGCAUGGCUUAUGAUCUGGUAGGGGCUAUGACGAAGCAUAUGCCCGUAGUUUCAGGUAGGCUGGGAAAAGGGAACAAAGCAGUAUCAGUUUUGAGAGAUUGCGGGUGCACUACUUGUGUAGUUAAAUCAGAACUAGUCGAUGAAGAUCAGCUGACAGGGUACACGCAGGUAGUGUUGCUCAUUGAUGGUACAGUAAGGGAGUUCCCAGUUGCGAGACUGACAGUUGAUUCUCCAUACUAUGUGGGUGAGAUAGAGGCUUUGUGUAUGCCUCAUUCACUAUUUGAUGUUGUUAUUGGUGAUAUAACUGGUGCACGUGAACCCCGCGAUCCAGAUUUGAACUGGGUACCUAAAGGAGGUAGAGUAGUAAGUGACGUUGCAGAUCAGGUGAAUAGUGAUGAUGAGAGUACCAUUGGUGAGGUCAAUGAUGCUAUUGGAGUGCAGGUUGUGGAUAGAGAUGAGCGAGUUGAGCAGGUUGCAAAUAUCUCUGGUGUGAAAGAGGAUAGUCCAUUGGUGAUGGCAGUUGAAACUCGAUCUCAGAAGGAGAUCAAGGUCAAACCGCUCAAGGGUUUGAAGAUUGGCAGUCCCGUUUCCUGCAUAGAGCCUGCAGGUUUUGUUCGUGAGCAGAAGGAAGAUCCAUCUUUGCGUUCAUUGUGGAACAAAGUAGGUAGGGAUGAAAAGUCUAAGUACGUGUUUGUGUGCGAAGGAGAGUGUUUGUACAGACAGAGAAGAGAUGGAAAUAACCCUAAGCUAGGUAUCGGACAUAAGUGUGUAGUGCUCCCUAAGUCCCAAAGAGAGAAAGUAAUGAAAGUGGCACAUGAGUCCUUGAUGGGAGGUCAUAUAGGCAUAAACAAUACAAUGGCCAAAAUCAAGUGUCAAUUCUUCUGGCCAGGAAUGUCGGUGGAUGUAGCAAACUUCUGUCGAUCCUGUGACAUUUGCCAGAAGACAGCCAGUAAGGGUAGAGUGCCGAAGGCAACAUUAGGUCGAAUGCCGAUAAUAGGUGUACCAUUUCAGAGAAUAGCUAUAGAUUUAGCGGGACCAUUCACUAGGUCAGAGAGAGGUCAUACGCAUAUCCUGACAGUUGUCGAUUAUGCAACCAGGUAUGUGGAAGCCAUACCUUUGAAGACAAUAACAACUGUGGAAGUGGCCGAAGCACUUCUCAGUGUGUAUAGUAGGGUAGGAAUACCGAAUGAAGUCAUGUCAGACUUGGGUCCACAGUUUGUUUCAAGUUUAAUGAGGGAGGUGUCAAGAUUGUUGUCUAUUCGACAGGUCACUAGCUCUAGGUAUCAUCCCAUAUGCAAUGGUUUAGUAGAGAGGUAUAAUGGGUUAAUAAAGACUGCGCUGCGACGGUUGUGCGCGGAUGAACCACGUGAGUGGGACAGAUAUUUGCCUGCGCUCCUCUUUGCAUUGCGCGAGACUCCUAGCUCUAGUCUUGGAUAUUCUCCUUUUGAGCUGUUAUAUGGGAGAAAUGUUCGUGGUCCCAUGGAUGUGUUGAGGGAAUUGUGGACAAAUGAUGAUGUAACUCCGGAGUUGAAAGAUGAGUAUGAAUAUGUCAUAGAGCUUCGUGAAAAGUUGGUGAAGUCAUGGGAGUUAGCCCAGGAAACCUUGAAAGGUGCUGCGGGGAAAUACAAGAAGUAUUAUGAUAGGAAUGCUCGAAACAGGAAAUUAGAUAUCGGGGAUCAGGUGCUGAUUUUGCUUCCCACUGAUCAGAACAAGUUGUUACUGAAGUGGAUGGGUCCAUUUCCUGUUGUUGGCGUGAAGUACGAUUAUGACUACAUUGUAGAUGUAAAAGGAGUUCCUAAGACAUAUCACAUCAAUCUUCUGAAGAAAUACUUUCCCAGGGAGGAGGUUGACUUGUCAGUGGCUGGCUGUUUUGAUAUGUGCACAGAGAGUAGCGAAGUGUGUGAGGAUUCUGGGGAAGAUGUUGAGGUUCAGAUUAGUGAUUUGGAUCGCGCUGAGGUGACAGUGAUGCCGUCUAUACAUCAGAAGGAAUUCAUAGAGCAUGUCAGGGUGAAUGAGUCCUUGGAAGAGAGUCGUAGGAAAGAGAUAUCUCAGUUGUUGCGCGAAUAUCAAGAUAUUUUUUCUGAUGUACCAAAGAAGACAACAGCUGCAGAGUGCAAAUUGCAUUUGACAAGUGAUGAACCAGUGCGUUCACCCCCAUACAAAGUUCCCCAGGCAAUGAAAGAAACUGUAGAGAAGGAAGUAGAUACGAUGUUGCGAAUGGGAAUUAUUGAACCGGCAGAUUCCCCUUAUGAUCAAUAA